GCGCCCCAGAGCGCAGAGGACGCCGCCCGCAAGGCCGCGGCUGCCAGCGGCCCCUUCUACCUAAUGCGGGAACUCCCAGGCAACAUGGAAUUGACGGGCAGCACGAACCUGAUCACACACUACAACCUGGAACACUCCUACAACAAGUUCUGCGGCAAGAAGGUGAAGGAGAAGCUGAGCAACUUCCUGCCUGACCUGCCGGGAAUGAUCGAUUUACCAGGUUCGCACGACAACAGCAGCCUGCGCUCCCUUAUCGAGAAACCACCCAUCUGCAGCAGCUCCUUUAACCCCAUCACUGGCACCAUGCUGACUGGCUUCCGCCUGCAUACCGGCCCGUUGCCAGAACAGUGUCGCUUGAUGCACAUCCAGCCACCCAAGAAGAAAAAUAAGCACAAGCACAAGCAGAGCCGCACACAGGAUCCUGUUCCCCCAGAAACCCCUUCAGAUUCCGACCACAAGAAGAAGAAGAAGAAAAAGGAGGAGGAUCCUGAGAGGAAGAGGAAGAAGAAGGAGAAGAAAAAGAAGAAGAACCGGCACAGCCCCGAGCACCCAGGCGUGGGCAGCUCUCAAGCCAGCAGCAGCAGCAGUCUGCGGUGAGGUGCCGACUCAGCAUGGCACUGGGAGCGCUCUAUGGAGAUGCCCAUCACCGACAUGCGGGGGAGAGCGGCGCUGGAGGCAACAUCAGGAACAACCCUGGAGCGCCUCGCGGGGGGCCCCGUGUGUACAGACAGCCAGGGCACCAGCCUGGUGGGAGCACAGACUCAGCUGGAGCAGGGGCACCCAGAGCCUGGGCUGGCUCAUCCCCUUUCAUACAAAAUAACCCUUGUGGAAGCAGAGACUUUUUUUUUAUUCACGUUUUAAUUAAAUGCCUGCUUGGAGGAGA